GUGUCUAUUUAAAUUUAAUUUGAAUUUUUGCGUUUAACCGAUAUACUGAAAAAUCGAUUGCAAUUUCGAGCACCGUCUCAAAUUUGUAACGAAUAAAUAUUUUUAGAUCAAGUAACUAGGGCAAUAAUAUAUUCCUCACCUUCUACAUAAAUCUGACAGUCAACUGACGAAAAUCGAUUUGUUGGGUUAUUUUUAAAAAGUAGAAUCUCCGCUCAACUUUCUUCAAAAAGCAUAGAAUUCCAACGUUUUUAAGCGGACCUACAUCGUAUGAAAGGUACUCUGCACGCGAUAUUAAAUCGAUCAUUGUAAAUUCAACAUUGUUUCCAAUUUGUCUUCAAUACGUUAAAAAAUAUUCUGUCCGUUGGAAUGUAGAACUGCCUAAAACGUAGUUGCGAUGACAGCGGCACGUGUCAUGGCGAGUGUGUUGUUAUAAACGAAAGUCGUGUACCGUGAGUUCUACGUGAAAUUCGAAAGCUAUCAAUUACAAUAUUCAAGAUGAGGGAAGAGACAGUGUUAAGUUUAAAGUGGCACAGUUUCCCAUCGCAUUUGGCGGUUUCCCUCGAUACAUGCUACGAGAAGCAACAGUUUGUAGAUCUUUCUUUAGUAUGUAAAGACGGGACGAUUUUAAAAUGUCACAAAAUGGUACUGGCCAACUCGAGUUCAUUCUUUCGUCGUUUGCUUGUUGCCAACGAUCAUCCUCACCCUAUGAUUAUUCUUCACGAUAUUGAAGCAGAUGAUCUUAAGACUAUCGUCAAUUUCAUGUAUUGCGGUGAAAUACAAGUAGUCCAAAGUGAGGUUAGAAGGCUGUUAAAGUUGGCCGAAAUUUUGGAAGUCACUGGAUUGCGGCAUAUUCAAACUUCUGUUUUGGUAGGAGAAUCGAAUAACACACCUCAUGAUGCAUCCAGAAAGACGACCACGGUAUCUCGUAUAAAAAUUGAAGAAACGAAAGGUUUAUCUACCAAAACAGUACCUGAGCAUGAUCCUAAUGUAAGACCACAAAAUAAGACAAACAGCCAAUCGACAAAGUUUCCAUCGUCUAGUCAUCUUCACAAAAAUAGGAAUAAAGUACCAUUAGAAACUACCAAGAAAAGUGAAGAGGGUAACAUUAAUUUAUUAAGUCAACGUUUAGACACUGGAAGAUCUGGAAUCAGUAUUGUAGACAUUAACGAUAUGCCAAGCACCAGUAGAGGAAUUUCCAAUCCACCAGCUCAAAAGAAAAAAGACACUUCUGAACCUAUUAUUAGUUGGCCUCAUGUUCUAUCUGCUAUAUCGAAAGAUAAAUCUUUGCCUUUAAAAAAACUAUGUAUUAUGGAUGAAGUUGAAAUUACAGCUGGAAAGUCAUCAAUAAGUAAUCAAGAGUAUCAAAGAAAUGAACCCUUAGACAAAAGGAAACAUAGGACUAAUUCAGAAAGCAAUGAAUCUAUGAAGUGUGCAGUUUAUAUAAAAGAUGAAGUAGAUAUAUUUGAAGUAGAAGAAGAUGAGGAUAUGGACCCCCUUGAAGUUGAAGAAAUUGAAAAUGAGAAUUUAGAGACUAUUAUGGGACCAUCGCAAAUGUUUUCUGUUACAAACAUGGAACAAAAAUAUUAUAAUACAGGAACACUUUCAGAAUAUCCUUCAAGAAAAGGAUCUAAUGGUUAAAAGAUAAAACAAACAUGUCUUAAAUUUGAAAUUAAUAUAUUUCUUUGAAUAUAACACCUAGACUGAAUAAGACUUUUUUGCAAUUAUCAAUAUUUCUUUAACACGUUGAUUGUCUAUUUUUUCUAAGGCUCAAUAUAUAUUUGGGCUCAGUUUAAUUUAUAAUUAAUAAAUUUAUUUCUCCAACAUAAUUGAAAUUGAAACUCUUCCUUUUCAUUUCUUUUUAGAAUAUUAUCAUACUGCGAAGCUAACAAAAUAGACUAUAAGGUUAAAUUUUUUCAAUUAAUAUUGUACAAAAUUAUAGAAGAAAAUUAUAAUUACAAAACAAAGU